AUGUCUAGCCGCGAAGACUCCCCGCUUGGUUCCCCCGCCGUCCUCUUCAACUCGGGCAACUACACCAUCCGCCCAAUGACAUGCAACGACAUCCCCGCCGCUCUCGCGCUACUCAAACAGAUCCAGCCCGAGGCACGUAACGUGAAGUCGACCUUCUUCACGCAGAUGUUGCACGACUCGAACCGUGUUUGCCUACUCGCCUUCCCGACGCGCAAGCCUGCAGCGCCCGUUGCCAUCAUCGCCGCUGCGUUGCACGUGCCGACCGACGACCUCUCCUUCGCGCCUGCACCCUCGGUCGACAUGCUCGCCCUCGGCGUUCUCCCCUCCCACCGCCGUAAACAUCUCGGCGCGCACCUCGUCAGCGUCGCGUGGCGCGAGCUGGCGCUUCCCGCCGCCGCCGCCGGCCUCAAGACCCCCCGCUUGCGCGCUGUCCUGCCUGAGGACGAUGCGUCCGCCCGCGCCUUCUGGAAGGCGCUCGGACUGUCCGAGACCCCCGAGGCGCGGCCAUGGCGCUCGGGCUGGCGCGCGGUCGUCAACGUUGAGGGCGUUGUCGCACUCUGA